AUGCCAGGAAUAGAUGAAGAAAUAGUCGAGCAAUCACCAGAGUCUGGACCACUGCCCAAUACAGAUGUUGGGCAGAACACCGAGCACCCAACGUCUAGUACUGUUCAUUCUGAGGAAGAACCCCAGUUACUAAAGGGAAAGGGAGGAGUUCAGUAUGCAAUCGUGGCAGUUGAUUACUUCACCAAGUGGACGGAAGUCGAGCCACUGGAACCCAUCACUUCUAAGAAAGUACUGGACUUUGUGGUGAAAAAUAUACUCUGCAUAUUUGCUCUACCCCAAAAGAUAGUGUCUGACAACGACACUCAGUUUGACAACCAACUGUUUACUGAUUUCUAUGCCAAACAUAACAUCACAAAAAGGUUCUCAGCAGUCUCACACCCUCAAGCAAAUGGGUAG